CCUCUCUCUCUCUCUCUCUCUCUCGCCAUGGCUUCUUCUUCCACCUGUUCCUCCUCUCUCUACCAGGCCCUCCUCUCUCGCUCAUCGCCCAACCAUGGCUUGGUCAAAACCCGACCCGACCACGUCGUUCUCACGGCCUUCAAGCUCCGGCCCUGCCCCUCACGCGCCGUCACAAUCCGGAAGCAAUCCGGAUCACGGCCCGCCACUGUCAGGGCGGCUGCGGUGGGGACGCUGGAAAGCGCUGACACCACCUUGGUUGAGAGGUCCGUCAACACGAUCCGAUUCCUGGCGGUCGACGCCGUCGAGAAGGCGAACUCCGGUCACCCGGGCCUGCCCAUGGGGUGCGCUCCUUUGGGUCACAUAUUGUUCGACGAGGUGAUGAGAUUCAACCCCAAGAACCCCUACUGGUUCAACCGUGACCGGUUUGUGCUCUCCGCCGGUCACGGCUGUAUGUUGCAGUACGCUCUUCUGCACCUUGCCGGGUAUGACAGUGUUCAGGAAGCAGACUUGAAAUCUUUCCGCCAAUGGGGGAGCAGAACACCUGGUCAUCCUGAGAAUUUUGAGACCCCCGGUAUUGAAGUAACAACAGGACCUCUUGGGCAGGGUAUUGCUAAUGCUGUAGGCCUGGCCCUGGCAGAGAAGCAUUUGGCUGCUCGAUUCAACAAACCCGACAAUGAGAUAGUUGAUCAUUAUACGUAUGCUAUAUUGGGGGAUGGUUGUCAAAUGGAAGGAAUUGGGAAUGAAGCUUGCUCCCUAGCUGGACAUUGGGGCCUUGGCAAGUUGAUUGCUUUCUAUGACGAUAAUCACAUAUCCAUUGAUGGUAACACAGAGAUUGCAUUCACCGAGUGUGUUGAGAAGCGCUUUGAGGGACUUGGGUGGCAUGUUAUAUGGGUGAAGAAUGGCAAUACAGGAUACGAUGACAUUCGCGCUGCCAUCAAAGAAGCCAAGUCUGUCAAAGACAAACCUACCUUAAUCAAGCUGACGACUACCAUUGGCUAUGGGUCCCCGAACAAAGCGGGCACGCACAGUGUGCACGGAAGCGCAUUGGGUUCUAAAGAAGUGGAUGCCACGAGGAAGAACCUUGGGUGGCCAUAUGAGCCAUUCCAUGUGCCGGAGGAUGUUAGGAAGCACUGGAGCCAUCAUAUCCCCGAUGGAGCUGCUCUUGAAGCAGAGUGGAAUGCCAAAUUUGAAGAGUACGAGAAGAAAUACAAAGGGGAAGCAGCUGAACUAAGAUGUAUUAUUAACGGCGAAUUGCCUGCUGGUUGGGAGAAAGCUCUUCCGACUUAUACGCCGGACAGUCCUGCUAACGCCACCCGGAAUCUCUCUCAGCAAUGUCUGAACGCGCUCGCGAAAGUUCUGCCGGGGUUUCUUGGUGGCAGCGCGGAUCUUGCUUCCUCCAACUUGACCCUGAUGAAAAUGUUUGGCGACUUCCGGAAGGACACCCCCGAGGAACGCAAUGUCCGGUUUGGCGUUAGGGAGCAUGGCAUGGGUGCCAUUUCUAAUGGCAUUGCUCUGCACAGCCCUGGAUUGAUCCCUUACUGUGCUACCUUCUUUGUCUUCACUGACUACAUGAGAGGAGCCAUUAGGCUCUCGGCUGUGUCUGGAGCGGGAGUCAUUUUCGUGAUGACCCACGACUCCAUCGGCUUGGGAGAGGAUGGACCCACUCACCAACCGAUAGAGCAUUUGUCGAGCUUCCGGGCGAUGCCCAACAUUUUGAUGCUCCGGCCGGCUGACGGGAACGAGACUGCUGGAGCAUACAGGGUUGCUGUACUCAACAGAAAGAGACCCUCAAUUCUUGCUCUGUCAAGGCAGAAGCUCCCUAACCUUCCGGGAACAUCAAUGGAGGGGGUGGAGAAAGGAGGGUACAUCAUCUCGGACGAUUCUGUAGGUAACAAGCCAGACAUUAUUCUGAUCGGAACCGGCUCAGAGUUGGAAAUUGCUGCCAAAGCCGGAGACGAGCUACGGAAGGCCGGGAAGACGGUUCGGGUCGUGUCGUUGGUUUCUUGGGAGUUGUUCGACCAACAACCCGAUGCAUACAAGGAGAGUGUUCUGCCAGCUGCUGCUUCUGCGAGGGUGAGUGUUGAGGCUGGAUCCACAUUUGGGUGGGGGAAGAUUGUUGGAGACAAGGGCAAGGCAAUUGGGAUUGACCGGUUUGGGUCCAGUGCCCCAGCGGGAAGGAUUUACAAGGAAUUUGGAAUUACUGUGGAGGCUGUGGUUGAAGCGGCCAAGGCCCUGUGUUAGGGCAUCUUCACUUCUUAGUUUCUGCUUCUGCACCUUCGAUAUAGAUAUUAGAUAGCAGCUCUCGAUCGAAAGAACGUUGAAAAUAAACUUCUGUAGCUUCGUUUUUCCUGAAUAAACGGUCACGGUCUUCUGCGGUGAAACUUUUUGCAAAGUUGAGUUUUGUUGUAAUUAAGAUUUGUGAUGUGAUGUUUUGGAUACAAAGUUUGGAA